AUGACCCUAUGCUCUAGUGACUCACUCCACAAGCACUUGUGCAAUGGAGAACUUCCCCGCAGCUUCCGGACCCGCGGCGGCCAAGACCUUCCCGUGCGCAUGUGCCGCCGCCUCUCCUCCAACCCGCCCCUCCUCGUGGGCGCGUCUAGUCCGCGGCAGGGGAACUUGGCUGCGAGUAAGCCAGGGCCAGUCAGAAGCGAGAAGGCCGGAUCCUGGGGCGGGGCUGGAGCUUCGGCAGUUGAACUGCUCGCGAGGAGGGUUGUCUGUGGAGAAGCGACACUGGCCAUGGACCAGCCAGCUGGCCUGCAGGUGGACUACAUCUUCCGGGGUGUGGAGCAUGCUGUGCGGGUGGUGGUGUCUGGACAGGUGCUAGAGCUGGAAGUGGAGGACCGGAUGACGGCUGAUCAGUGGCGGGGCGAGUUUGAUGCCAGCUUCAUUGAAGAUCUGACUCACAAGACGGGGAACUUUAAACAGUUCAACAUCUUCUGUAACAUGCUGGAGUCGGCUCUCACCCAGAGCAGUGAGUCGGUCACCCUUGACCUGCUGACCUACACAGAUCUCGAGUCCCUGCGAAAUCGCAAGAUGGGGGGCCGCCCGGGCCCCUUGGCCUCGAGAUCGGCCCAGCUCAACUCCAAGCGCUACCUGAUCCUCAUCUACUCUGUGGAGUUUGACAGGAUUCACUACCCGCUGCCCCUCCCGUACCAGGGCAAGCCAGACCCUGUGGUCCUGCAGGGCAUCAUCCGCUCACUGAAGCAGGAGCUGGGCCGCCUUCGAGGGCUGGACGGCCAGGAUGCUCGGGACACCCGGGAGACUGAGAUCUGGCACCUGAGGGAGCAGGUUUCACGCCUGGCAUCCGAGAAGCGAGAACUGGAGGCCCAGCUGGAGCGAAAGGGCGAUCUUGUAGAGCGAAAGGGCGUGGCCCAACUGGUGGGGAUCUGGAGACGGACUCCGCCGGUGCCGCCGCCCCGGGCCCGGGAGGAUCGGGCUUCGUCGUCGCGGGAGCGCUCCACAUCGCGCGGUCGCGGUGCCACCCGCUCUUCUUCCCGGGAGAGCGGCCGGGGGGGCCGGAGUCGAGGCCGCCCUGCCCGCCCCUCACCCUCGCCCACAGGUAGUCGCGUGCCCCGUUUCGACCCCACAGCCUUUGUGAAAGCCAAGGAGAAGAAGCAGAGAGAGAUCAAGAUGAAGCAGCAGCAGCAGCGGAACCGAUUGGGCAGCGGAGGAAGCGGGGACGGCCCGUCCAUCUCCUGGUCUCGCCAGGCUCGGCCCCCCGCUGCCGUGAGCGGCCGAGGGGACGCGGCUAACCGCUCCCGAAACCGCAGCUCCUCAGUGGACAGUUUCCGCAGCCGCUGCUCGUCCGCCGGCUCCUGCAGCGAGUUGGAGGAUUUCUCCGAAUCCCUUCCUAAGGGCGUUCACCACCGCGGGAAGCCUUCCAGCCCCACACCCUGGGGCGGGUCCAGCACGAAGCCCACCCCUCUGGAACGCAGCCGCCAUCAGAGAUGCCUGACCAGUUCGGGGGGCUGGGUCCCUAUGAAAGAGUACAGCUCCGACCACCAGGCAGCAGACAUGGCUGAAAUAGACGCCCGCCUGAAGGCCUUGCAGGAAUAUAUGAACCGACUGGACACACGGUCAUGA